AUGUCACACGGCUGCUUCUACCAGGUCCCAGGAAAGCGUCGUACAGUCAACGAAUACCUUCCCCAGGUAGGGUUGGACGUGCACGCAACACUUCUGUCGACCACUUCCAGGGCCCUCUUCAUUCAGACCUUCGUGAAUCCAUCAUCUUCAGAGCCUAUUCCAGAGGUGCUCUAUACUUUUCCACUCUAUGACGGGUCCAGUGUUGUCAAUUUUACCUGCCGUGUAGGAGCCGACGUUAUUCGGGGCAAAGUGAAGCCAAAGAAGAAGGCCGACGAGAUCUACCAGAGAGCGAAGGCCAAAGGACAGACUGCUGCAAUUUUUGACCAAUCAUGCAAUGCUGGCGAUAUUUUCAAGACCAGGGUGGGCAAUGUCCCAGCCGGUGGGACAGUCGUUGUUGAAAUCACAGUGGUGGAAGAACUGAAACAGGACGCCCAAACGAACGGACCACGGUACAUAGUUCCCACGGCCAUCGCUCCACGAUAUGGUGAGCGGCAUGAUGUAUCAACUGGCCCCAAGGGAACUGUUGUCAAGACAGCGAUCACGAUUGAUGUUAUCAUGGAAAAGGGCUGCACAAUUCGUAAUGUCCGGUCGCCAAGUCACCCCAUUGAGUUGAACCUAGGCCGGGCCUCCUACAUGCCAGAAUCUACUUUCGAGCCUUGUUACGCCUCGGUCAAGCUGCAGAACAAUGCAGUCAUCAAAGAGGAUUUUGUUCUGACUGUGAACGCUGAUAAUCAAGAUAAGCCAAUCGCUUUCCUGGAAACAUAUCCCACUCUGCCCAACCAGCAAGCAUUGAUGGUCUCUCUGGUCCCAAAAUUCAGCCUUCCGCCAGACCCUUCAGAGAUUAUUUUUGUACUUGACCGAAGUGGCAGUAUGCAAGACAAGAUUGUGACCCUAAAGUCUGCCCUGGAGGUAUUCCUGAAGUCUCUUCCCCUCGGCGUGCCAUUCAAUAUUGUCUCAUUUGGCAGUCACUGCAGCAAAUUAUGGCCUCGCAGCAGGGUCAGUGACAAAGCAAGUCUCUCCGAUGCACUUGAAUUCACGAAGACCGUCGAUGCGGAUAUGGGAGGGACAGAAAUUCUGGCUGCUCUCAAGGCUGCUGUGGAAAACCACUACAAGGAUAAGGUCCCCGAGGUCCUGCUCCUCACCGAUGGGCAGGUCUGGAACCAGUCGAAAAUUUUCACGUUCGUGACCGGGGCUGUACAACAAAGCUCUGCCCGUCUCUUCACUCUGGGAAUCGGAAACUUUACUUCCCAUUCUCUCGUCAACGGAAUUGCUCGAGCAGGGCGAGGCUUUUCUCAGUCAGUCCUGGACUUUGAGGAACUAGAUAAAAAGGUAAUCCGCAUGCUUAAAGGGGCUUUGAUGCCACGACUCAAUGGCUGUCGAUUGGAUCUGGGACUGUCUGUUCUGGAUGAUGGUUUCGUGGAGAUUGAAUCAGUUAGGGGUGAACAACCAUCCCUGGAAGCAUCCACGAAGCAAUUUUCCAUCUUUGAAGAAGUCCACGAUGAUUCGGUAAUUCUGGAAGAUUUGGGGCAGCCUUUGCCAAAGCUGUCUGUUCCGACAAUCAUUCAUGCACCGACUGUGCUCCCUUGUUUAUUUCCCUCCAUUCGAUCAACGGUGUUUGUCCUGUUUUCAAAUGAGAGCUCUUUUCUUCCUGGCAAGGUCAUGCUACGCGCCAAUAGCCGACAUGGCCCACUAGAGCUAGAGAUACCGGUUCAAGACGUUGGGAGUGGAGAAACCCUUCACCAGCUAGCAGCCAAAAAGGCCAUGACCGAGCUUGAGGAGUCUCGAGGCUGGAUCCAGGAUGCAAAGAUUAAAGGUGGUGUAUCAAUCAAGGAGAAAUAUGAGAGUCGAAUGGAUGAACUCGUACAGAACGAGUGCGAACGGCUGGGUGUUCGAUUCCAGAUCGCUGGCAAGCACUGCUCCUUUGUGGCUAUUCGAGAAACAAAGCCCGAUUCCAAACCCAAGGCAGAAAAUGCGGAAACUCACGAAGGCGAUGUAUCUGCUAUGAGCGACAAGGAUAUUGAGGGUGAAUGUGACUCAGAUACGGCGGAGCAGGGUGUCUUGAUGCUUCUUCACGAUCCCAGAGACUCUGGUGAUGCAUCAGCUAGCUGCGCUCCUGCAUCGACAUUCGUUCCAUGUGCUUCCACGACGCCUUACGAGGCUUGUUCGGAAGAUGAAGAGUCGGACGAAGAUAUGGGCUUCGGACUUUUUGAUGAUUAUAUUCCUCCACCGAUUCCUCAGAUCAAGGAUUCGUACAAGAAGAGAGCCUUUUCCAUCGCACGACUUACAGUUGCAGGAAGGAGUCAUCGAAUGUCAAUGCUUGAGAGCGACGGCGAAGGCUCCGAAGCUAGUGGCGGAGAAUCGAAAUUGCAGCAACUCAUCCAGCUGCAGACAUUUGAGGGUUACUGGGACUGGUGCGACGAGGUUGAUCGGAUAAUAGACAUUGAUCAAAAUGCUCUUCGUGCGCAGCUGCUUCAUCGAUACAACGCGCUUACAGGCGACGAGACUGAUAUUCUGAGCAAUUCUGACUGGAAACGGAUUCUUGCUACUAGCCUUGUGGGUCUUUAUUUAGAAAAUCGGGCAUCGGAAUCCAAAGAUGUUUGGGAAUUGCUCAAGGAGAAGGCAGACAAGUGGGUGAAGGAUGCGACUGAGUCUAUGAGUCAAGAGUAUGGAACAGUUGCGAGAGAGCUAUUUGCUGAGCUGAAAUCUUUAUUUUGA